AAGAUAUGACAACAUGUACUGUAGUGUUCUGUAUUCAUACCGUUUUGCUGUCGGUGUUUUAAAUGUGCAUCUGAAGUGUCAGCCUCACGUGUCAAAACAAACAGCAAAAGGCAUCAGUGAUUCCGACCUCUAGAGGUCGCUCUCGUACUGUAUGAUGACAGCGGACCCUUUCUCAGCCGCUCCAGCAACGGAUGCAACCCGGAACAACUAUCGGCAUGAAUUUUUGCUGAUAACUGAUUGUUCCACCAAUCAGCGCCAAAUAAUCGGCCUCUAUCAUAUUGCUGCUGCUGCCACUUUAUAAAAGCAAUAAGCCAUGAGAGGUGAUUUUACCUCUCCACUUUCAGCCUGGGCUGAACAACACUUUUUUAACAUGGUAAAAUCCCUGUAACAGACGGCCUCUUGUGAAUGCUUAUUGGCUAUCUUUAACAAAAAUGAAAACACAUGGUGUAGUGAACAGGACAUUAACAUUCGGCCAUUAUUAUAGUGACACAGCGCAUUACAACAGCACAGGAAAACAUACAGAAAGCUUCCCAUCGGACGGUAUCUGAGCAAACCAGGGCAGGUUUAUCAGCUCAACAAUUAGCUAUGGACCAGAACCAUGACCCGGUGCGACUGCCAGCCCUACUGAGCAUGAUCACUAUCUCGGUCACACACACAUGCAUCCAAACAAAAUGCGCACUCAAACACACACACACUUGAACAUUUCUUGAACGCUGUCCUCGUGCCAAAUCACUGACAGUCGUGUAGCGCUCGCAGACACAGAGACCGCCAGCGUUCCAGUCCUUGACCCAAAAACUCCCUCCUACAUCUAGGAAACUCACAGAGCCGCAGCAUCAGUCUGUCUCGCGGCAGGCCUGAGAAAUCAGACGGUGGCAUAAAAGGCUUCGAUGCAUGAGAGUUCAAAUUCGUCAGCAGAAAUAAUAAAUAAAAGAGAAUAAAAGAGGCGAAAAGCACUCGAGAAAUGGAAAAACUUGACAGAAAAUUGCCCUCACGCCAACAAGCCCCCACAGAUUCGCAGAUCUCUAGUGGACAAAAGAGACAGAAUAGAGUUCACAUUCAGUCCUGCAUCAAACCCACGACAUACUGCAGCACGUGCGUUACACCUCCCCCCCUUUAAGGCUACAGGGGAUUUUUUACCCACUGGUCAAUUUUGCGAUUUUGGUUCCAUAUAGUGACCAAUAGUGCUAUGAAUUCUAAAAGGAAUUCCACAUGCUAAGUAUGCAUGUGUUAGUGGAUACAUGAAGUGUGCUAUUGACCUUCAUGACCUUAGACACAGUUGUCUUACAGAUGUCUCGUACAGCUAUCAUGAGAAGAGCAGAUUAAAAUGAAUAAGAAUAAAGUUCAAACUCACAAUUCUCUUUCUACAAACUAUGACUCUUGGUUAAUGUACUUGUAUGAGCAAAUUAAUUCAUUACAAAAGAAGCACGUAUUUGUUCCCUGGAAGCCGGGCUAAAUGAGUAAACACGGUUACUGCAUUCCUGACAUGGGUCAGAUGCUCAGUCACCUCUCAGAUACCAAAUACAGGCAUCGCCUGUAACAGAAAUACCAGAAUAGAUGCACUGGUUUUAAUAAAACUGAUUUCCUAUUCAUUACAAAAUACAAGAAGAGGGAUUAUAAAUCCACCCCCUUCAACACAGUGAAAGUGUAUUUUACUGUUGACAGUAUUUUCUGAUUUAUAUCCAAAAAUCCCCUCUGUAAAAACCUUUAAUGUGUCAACAAAAUUAAAUAAGAAUUUUGAACUUGGCUUAUCCAAUAUUCAGAUGUUUGCUCUGCAUAUGUAUGCAAAUUAGUGCAUAUUUAAUUACAUAACGCCUUACUUGCAUAUUUAAACAUAACAUUUCAGAAAACUUGUAAUACAAAACAAUUGAAUUAAAUAUUGUGAUUAAUCAACCGGGGAAUGUUUGAUGAUAUCUGUUUGUUAUUAGUUAUCAAUUUCUACCCUAUUCACCUGUCACUCUUAGAAGAAAAGGUUCUGUCAGGCGCUUCAAAUAUAGAAUCUUUUAAGGGUUCGCAUCAUGAAUCAUAUGGAUUUAGCUUGAAUUAUUUUAUUUUUAAUCCAUUUUGAUUAGAUUUUAUGAAUUAAACAGCUCAUAAACAUACUUUAUCAGUAGAAAAAAAUGGAAAUAAUCUGUUAAACAUUAAAGUAUUGUGCAAUAUUUUGAUAUUUCUCCUUAUAUAGAACUUUUUUUGGCAUAAAGGAUUCUUUAAAAUCGAGUAAAGAACCCUAAAGUUCCAUAUGGAACUCCACUGAAGGGAUCUUUAAAAUCGAGUCAAGAACCCUAGAGUUCUAUAUAGAACUCCACUGAAGUGUCUUUAAAAUCGAGUCAAGAACCCUAGAGUUCUAUAUAGAACUCCACUGAAGGGUUCUUUAAAAUCGAGUCAAGAACCCUAGAGUUCUAUAUAGAACUCCACUGAAGGGAUCUUUAAAAUCGAGUCAAGAACCCUAGAGUUCUAUAUGGAACUCCACUGAAGUGUCUUUAAAAUCGAGUCAAGAACCCUAGAGUUCUAUAUAGAACUCCACUGAAGGGAUCUUUAAAAUCGAGUCAAGAACCCUAGAGUUCUAUAUAGAACUCCACUGAAGGGAUCUUUAAAAUCGAGUCAAGAACCCUAGAGUUCUAUAUAGAACUCCACUGAAGUGUCUUUAAAAUCGAGUCAAGAACCCUAGAGUUCUAUAUAGAACUCCACUGAAGGGAUCUUUAAAAUCGAGUCAAGAACCCUAGAGUUCUAUAUAGAACUCCACUGAAGUGUCUUUAAAAUCGAGUCAAGAACCCUAGAGUUCUAUAUAGAACUCCACUGAAGGGAUCUUUAAAAUCGAGUCAAGAACCCUAGAGUUCUAUAUAGAACUCCACUGAAGGGAUCUUUAAAAUCGAGUCAAGAACCCUAGAGUUCUAUAUAGAACUCCACUGAAGUGUCUUUAAAAUCGAGUCAAGAACCCUAGAGUUCUAUAUAGAACUCCACUGAAGUGUCUUUAAAAUCGAGUCAAGAACCCUAGAGUUCUAUAUAGAACUCCACUGAAGGGUUCUUUAAAAUCGAGUCAAGAACCCUAGAGUUCUAUAUAGAACUCCACUGAAGGGAUCUUUAAAAUCGAGUCAAGAACCCUAGAGUUCUAUAUGGAACUCCACUGAAGUGUCUUUAAAAUCGAGUCAAGAACCCUAGAGUUCUAUAUAGAACUCCACUGAAGGGAUCUUUAAAAUCGAGUCAAGAACCCUAGAGUUCUAUAUAGAACUCCACUGAAGGGAUCUUUAAAAUCGAGUCAAGAACCCUAGAGUUCUAUAUAGAACUCCACUGAAGUGUCUUUAAAAUCGAGUCAAGAACCCUAGAGUUCUAUAUAGAACCCCACUGAAGGGAUCUUUAAAAUCGAGUCAAGAACCCUAGAGUUCUAUAUAGAACUCCACUGAAGUGUCUUUAAAAUCGAGUCAAGAACCCUAGAGUUCUAUAUAGAACUCCACUGAAGGGAUCUUUAAAAUCGAGUCAAGAACCCUAGAGUUCUAUAUAGAACUCCACUGAAGGGAUCUUUAAAAUCAAGUCAAGAACCCUAGAGUUCUAUAUAGAACUCCACUGAAGUGUCUUUAAAAUCGAGUCAAGAACCCUAGAGUUCUAUAUAGAACUCCACUGAAGGGAUCUUUAAAAUCGAGUCAAGAACCCUAGAGUUCUAUAUAAGAACCCCAGUGAACCUUUUUUUUCACUCUUAAGAGUGUAGUAUCUUGCCUUAACUGCUGGAGUGGACAGUUGACCCACAACAGAAGAUUGUGUGUUUGUCCCAGCGGUGCGCAGGGGCCCAGUGUUGGGCUCCGCCCCGUCUGCAUGCCGUCACGCUGGGGGAAACCUUCACGCCAGACUGCCAUGCUUUGAUGCUGGUGCUCGGGGAUGUAAUUUGAGUCACAGUUAUCACGGUCACAUCUAGAAAGCUCAACCACACCUUCCCCUCAGAAAAACAGGCCUGCUGAAUUUCCACAGAAUAAAAAAACAAGAAUAAACGUGUAUAAAAGGGUCUGACCUUGAAUCAUCUGAGCUGCCGAGCAUCUUUUAAUUGCCUGUGAGUUCUUUUGCUUUAGCAGUCACACCGCAGAGUCACCGCGUGACCUCCGUCACCUCUAGAAACUAAAACAACACGCUUCAGGCAAUUAGCGUUUCAUCUACUCUGAUGCAACGUUUCACUGAAAUCACUUGCAGCAGAAGUCCGUUCGCCUUCACCCACAAAUCUGCAAUCCUUUAGAGUGAUUCUAAUCAGAAAUCACCCCCAAAUUGUUUCCAUACGAAGAUUAAAAUUUAAUUUCAUACAUUUCCACUGAGGAUGUUAGAAUAUGCAAAAGUGUUUUCACUGGAUCAUGUUAUGCAAUAGUACUAUAAUAACCAAAAAGGCUUUUCUGAAUAUGAAUCCACAUGUGAAUUUGGAUUAUGUUUGUGCAUAAAUCACAUUAAAACAAAUCUGGAAGGGAAACAAUUGGGCUUUGGCAUCGUUAAGCAACUUGUCCAGCUAAGAUCUUCAAAUCAGCUAGUAACCAUGCAUUUUUAUCAUUAUUAUUAUGCAUAUUUAAGUGUUUUUGAAAGAAGUUUCUAAUGAGGCUGCAUUUAUUUGAUCAAAAAUACAUUAAAAACAGUGAAAUAUUUUUACAAUGUAAAUCAGCUGUUUUCUAUGUGAAUAUAUAGUAAAAUGUAAUUUAUUCCUGUGAUCAAAGCUGAAUUUUCAGCAUCAUUACUCCAGUCUUCAGUGUCACAAAGAAACUUUCCUAUUUUCUUUCCAACAUUGAAAGCAAACAUUGAAACAUUGCUGCUUCAUAUUUUAGUGGAAAGCGUGUAAAUAAAACGCAAACACUUCUUUGAAAAGUAAUAACUGUGGCAUCAACGUGCCCCUCCAUUUGUAAAAGUACCACAAGAUGCCCUACAUUUGUAAAUAUUGCGAGUCGAGUGCCAUGGAAAACUGUAAAGCGUGAGCACAUCUAAUCCACAUUGAUAUAACGCCGCAUGACGUGCUCAGGAAACUGCAGCUGGAAUGAAAGCUUGACUGUAUGAACACAGAAGAGAUAGAUGGAGGCAGAGAGCGGUAUGGAAGGUCAGCGAGUGUGAGAGAAGAGUGAAUAUUCCGGUGAAAACUUUUCAAUUGGAUUUCUCCUGCUGGAAUGGUUCAUGAAAAUGAAACGGCAGUCUCGUAAGCUCUGAUAUGAAAGCAGAGCAGCGCAGUGACCCGACAGACCGCCGCACCCGGCCUGCGAAUAACAAAGACUUCCAGGAUGCACUGCAUUCAUAUGUUUGGAGUGCAUUAGUUUAUUAAUAUUUUUAACUACUUUUUAUUUUUAUUUUUUCCAUUUUCAAGUUUUAGUAGUUUUUCUUUUUUUUUUUCUUUUUUUUUUUAUUAGUUUUUGUUUUUUUCAAUAUUUAUAGUUUUUUUUUUCAGUUUUGUUUUCAUUAAUAUUUUUAACUACUUUUUAUUUUUAUUUUUUCCAUUUUCAAGUUUUAUUAGUUUUUUUUUUUAUUAGUUUUUUUUUCAAUAUUUAGGUUUUUUUUUCAGUUUUGUUUUCAUUAAUAUUUUUAACUACUUUCUAUUUUUAUUUUUUCCAUUUUCAAGUUUUAGUAGUUUUUCUUUUUAGUUUUUUUUUCUCAAUAUUUAUUGUUUUGUUUUUUUCAGUUUUGUUUUCAUUAAUAUUUUGAACUACUUUCUAUUUUUGUAUUUUCCAUUUUCAAGUUUUAGUAAUUUUACUGUUUGUUUUUUUUUAUUAUUAGUUUUAUUAGUUUAUUAUUAGUUAUUAGUAUUAUUAGUUUCCCAAUAUUUAUAUAGUUUUUAUUUCAGUUUUGUUUUCAUUAAUAUUUGAACUACUAGUUUUUAUGGGUUUUUUAUAUGUAUAUAUGUGGCGAGGGGGGCGUGGUUCAGCGGAGUCGGCAGCGGGAGAGAGAGUCAGGAGACGAACGGUGAGUGAGUGGGUUAAAUGCAAAUGACGAACACCUGUCUCUUGUUUCAGUAAUUGGGGUGGAGAGAGUAUAUAACACCAGGAGAAACAGGAGUGGGGGAGAGAGAGACGGACUACUGACUGCUGCCCCGCUGGUGAUCUACGAGUGAGAGACUUCUGAAUGAUUUGUGACCGCUUUGUGCCUGUCUGCACCCCUUUUUGUUUUGAAUUGUGAGAAUUAUUGCAAAUAAAAAGCAGUCAGUAGUCAAGCCGACCCUGUCCUCUUCCUUCCUGAGUACUGAACUUUGCUACACUGGUGCCGAAACCCGGGAAGGAAGACGGAAGCCGCCGCCAUGCAAUCGUCCUCCGGAUCGCCAUUUGCGGAGAUUAUCACCUCCCUCGCGGUCAUGCAACAAGAACAACACCAGGCCCUGCUGGACUUGAGACAGGAUCAAGAGAGGUGCUUCCAAGUCGUUGUUCAAGCCCAGCAGGAGGACCGCGAGAGGUUCCGGAGCUGGAUUGACCGGGAGGUUCGACCGGAAGCCCUGGAACCUCGAGCUGUGCCCGCCCACCUACCACUACACAAAAUGGGAUCUGAGGACGACCCGGAGGUUUUCCUCGAUCUUUUCCAGAAGACGGCCGAGCUGUCGGGCUGGCCGCGGGACCAGUGGCCGAUGCGCCUGGUCCCGCUGCUCUCCGGGGAGUCCCAGAUAGCGGCACAGCAGCUUCCGGUGCAGAAUCUCCUGGUCUUCGACGACCUAAAAAGGGCCAUCCUCCAGCGGGUCGGCCGGAGCCCUGAAGAACAUCGCCAGCGGUUCCGUUCCCUGGAACUGGGCGAGUCCGGCCGACCGUUCGUGUUGGCCCAACAGCUCCGGGACUCCUGCCGCAAAUGGCUGUUGGCUGAGGGAGGCGACGUGGAGAAGAUUGUCGAUCGAGUGGUACUGGAGCAGUUCAUUACUCGGCUCCCACGGAGGACAGCAGAGUGGGUCCAGUGCCACCGCCCCACGUCGCUGGACUCAGCCAUCCACCUCGCGGAGGACCACAUGGUGGCGUGCCCAGGGGUCGGCGAACCCCUCCCAUCUGUCUCUCUCUCCCCGUCUUCCCCUUCUGUCUCUCUCUCUCGUCCUGUCCCUCUCCCCAGGUCCCGCCCACCUGUACAUCCUCGAGUCCCGCCCCGGGGGCGGGGCGGAGUUGACCCGAGCCAGUUUGGGGGUCCCAGAGCCCCGCCCAGGAGGGCGGGACUGACUUCCGCUGGACAGGACCCCGCGCCUGUUUCUCCGCUCUCUCCACGCCAAUCAUUUACCCCACUCCCUGCCACUGGGGCGGCGGGGAGGUCUGGGCCAGCCUGUUGGCGUUGCGGGGACCCGGAGCAUUUCGUGGACAGGUGCCCGGUGAUGGAGGUUGGGACAAUGGUCCGGGUCCCGGACGCCCCGCAGGCUGCCCCCGGUCAAGCUGGCUGGUAUCAAAUACCUGUGAGUAUCAAGGGGGGUACCUAUCAGGCCUUGGUGGAUUCAGGCUGUAACCAAACCUCGAUCCAUCAAAGCCUGAUUUCAUCCGGGGCAUUGGAUACAAGCCGCGUGGUUAAGGUGCGGUGCGUACACGGGGAUGUGGUGAUAUAUCCGGUAGUGCCGGUCAUUAUCCAGUUCAGGGGCCAAAAGCAUAGCGUUGAGGUGGCAGUUAAUCCGCACCUCCGGCAUCCGUUAAUUUUGGGGACAAAUUGGCCAGCAUUUUCUGAAUUAUUGGGUUAUUUAUGCACGGAUGCCUCUUGGGGGAAAAAGGCGAUGGUUGGGGAUGCGCAAGCACAGGCGGGAGAGACUGAACGGGGACCACUGAGUGCUGCUUCAGGGGAACAGAGUGAAAUUGAGAGAAUAAUUCUCUCGGAUCGCGAUGACUUUCCCCUGGAGCAGUCUCAGGAUGAGACCCUAAAACGUGCAUUUGAGCAGGUCCAAACCAUCGACGGUCAGCCUCUCCAGCCUGGACGGGCGCUUACUUAUCCAUAUUUUGCAGUUAUAAAAAAUCGGUUGUAUCGGGUGACCCAAGACACCCAGACAAAAGAAGAUACAACCCAGUUGUUAGUUCCAAGGAGCCGCAGGGAAAUGCUUUUCCAAGCGGCUCAUUCUAAUCCAAUGGCUGGACACUUAGGACAGGCAACAACACUAAAUCGCCUCAUGACCCGAUUCUUUUGGCCGGGCAUUCACGAGAAUGUGCGCAGGUGGUGCGCGUCUUGUCGUGAAUGUCAGUUGGUAAAUCCACCGGCCACCCCAAAAGCGCCUUUGCGCCCCCUCCCAUUAAUGCAGGUCCCCUUCGAGAGAAUUGGUAUGGACCUCAUCGGGCCAUUAGAGCGAUCAGCCAGGGGACAUCGCUUUGCAUUAGUCAUUGUGGAUUAUGCAACUCGAUAUCCUGAAGCAGUGGCCCUCCGCAGCAUUUCCGCGAAGAGUGUUGCGGACGCACUGUUUACUUUAAUCUCCCGGGUGGGGAUUCCAAAAGAAAUCCUCACCGAUCAAGGCACGGCGUUUAUGUCACGUACUUUACGCGAACUUUACGAAUUAUUGGGCAUUAAAGCGAUCCGUACCAGCGUCUUUCACCCACAAACUGACGGGCUGGUCGAACGUUUUAAUCGCACGCUUAAAACCAUGAUUCGUAAAUUCGUACAAGAAGACGCCAAAAAUUGGGAUAAAUGGUUAGAACCCCUGUUGUUCGCUGUGCGAGAAGUCCCGCAAGCCUCCACGGGGUUUUCCCCCUUCGAGCUUCUUUACGGACGCCAGCCCCGCGGGGUACUGGAUGUCCUGAGAGAAACUUGGGAGGACGGACCAUCUCAGAGCAAAAACGAAAUUCAGUAUGUAAUGGACUUGAGAACAAAACUCCACACUUUGGGGCGGCUAUCAACGGAGAAUUUGUUACAAGCCCAGGACAAACAGAGCCGGCUGUACAACAGGGGAACUAACUUGCGUAAAUUCGCACCGGGAGAGAAAGUGCUUGUAUUACUUCCAACGUCAAGCUCGAAAUUAUUAGCAAAGUGGCAAGGACCAUUUGAGGUCACACGGCGGAUUGGAGAUCUCGAUUAUGAGGUUAUACGGUCUGAUAGGAGAGGGGCACGUCAGAUUUAUCACCUCAAUCUCCUUAAAAAAUGGAAUGAGGCAGAGGCAGUGAUGUUGGCGAUGGUGAUUGGUGGAGAGGAUGAUCUCGGGCCAGAGGCGAAUACCAAACACCAAUCUCUCGCACUGGCCCCCGGAGGAGAUCAUCUCUCGCCCUCCCAGCUCACUGACCUGACGAAAUUACAAGCAGAGUUUGCGGACGUGUUCUCGCCCCUACCGGGCCGUACUAAUUUGAUUCAGCACCAUAUCGAGACAGAGCCGGGCGUGGUAGUUCGCAGCCGGCCGUACCGUUUGCCUGAACAUAAAAAAAAAGUGGUUCAGGCAGAAUUAGGAGCAAUGCUUGACAUGGGCGUAAUAGAAGAAUCCAACAGUAACUGGGCGAGCCCGAUAGUUUUAGUUCCGAAAACGGACGGCUCGGUUCGGUUCUGUGUGGAUUAUCGCAAGGUGAAUGCUGUGUCGAAAUUCGACGCGUAUCCAAUGCCACGGGUGGACGAACUGCUUGAUCGGCUCGGUACGGCUCGGUUUUAUUCGACACUGGACUUAACAAAGGGAUAUUGGCAGAUCCCCUUGUCUCCAUUAUCUAAAGAAAAGACAGCUUUCACCACGCCGUUUGGAUUACACCAAUUUGUUACCCUUCCGUUCGGGCUGUUCGGGGCUCCGGCUACCUUUCAGCGUCUCAUGGACAGAAUUUUACGGCCCCAUGCUGCGUAUGCUGCUGCCUACUUAGAUGACAUAAUUAUAUUUAGUCAUGACUGGCAGCGGCAUAUGCAGCAUUUGAGGGCUGUCUUGAGGUCGCUGAGAGGGGCUGGGCUCACGGCCAACCCGAAGAAGUGUGCAAUUGGGCGGGUGGAAGUAAGAUAUCUGGGCUUCCACUUGGGACAUGGGCAGGUGCGUCCCCAAAUUGAUAAGACGGCAGCAGUUGCGACCUGUCCGCGUCCCAAGACCAAAAAGGAGGUGAGACAGUUCCUAGGGCUGGCGGGAUAUUAUAGAAGGUUUGUACCUAAUUAUUCGGACCUCACCAGCCCUUUGACUGAUCUCACUAAAAAGGAGGCACCAGAUACGGUCCAGUGGACGGAGCUGUGCCAGCAGGCCUUUACCCAAGUGAAGGCUGCUUUAUGUGGCGGGCCGUUGUUACACUCUCCUGAUUUUUCUCUCCCUUUCCUGUUGCAGACAGACGCGUCGGACAGGGGGCUGGGUGCCGUCCUGUCCCAGGAGAUAGAGGGGGAGGAACGGCCGGUGCUGUACAUUAGUCGGAAGCUCUCAAAGAGAGAGACUAAGUACAGCACCAUAGAAAAGGAGUGUCUUGCCAUCAGGUGGGCCGUCCUCACCCUCCGCUAUUAUCUCCUGGGACGGGAAUUCACUCUCUGUUCGGACCAUGCCCCCCUGCAGUGGCUCCACCGCAUGAAGGAUACCAACGCGCGGAUCACUCGUUGGUAUCUAGCUUUACAGCCUUUUAAGUUCAAAGUGGUCCACAGGCCGGGUGCUCAGAUGGCUGUGGCCGACUUCCUCUCCAGAAAUGGGGGGGGGGGGGGGGCUGCAGGCCGGAUGGCUCCCCGGCCUGAGUCGGGCGGUGGGGGUAUGUGGCGAGGGGGGCGUGGUUCAGCGGAGUCGGCAGCGGGAGAGAGAGUCAGGAGACGAACGGUGAGUGAGUGGGUUAAAUGCAAAUGACGAACACCUGUCUCUUGUUUCAGUAAUUGGGGUGGAGAGAGUAUAUAACACCAGGAGAAACAGGAGUGGGGGAGAGAGAGACGGACUACUGACUGCUGCCCCGCUGGUGAUCUACGAGUGAGAGACUUCUGAAUGAUUUGUGACCGCUUUGUGCCUGUCUGCACCCCUUUUUGUUUUGAAUUGUGAGAAUUAUUGCAAAUAAAAAGCAGUCAGUAGUCAAGCCGACCCUGUCCUCUUCCUUCCUGAGUACUGAACUUUGCUACAAUAUACUACGGUUCAAAACUUUGGGAUCAGCAAAAUUUUUUAAUGUUUUUAAAAUAAUCUCUUCUGCUCACCAAGGCUGCAUUUAUUUAAUCAAAAAUACAGUAAAAAUAGUGAAUUUUCAGCAUCAUUUCUCCAGUCUUCAGUGUCACAUGAUCAGAAAUCAUUCUAAUAUGAUGAUUUGAUGCUCAAGAAACAUUUAUGAUUAUUAUCAUAUUAUCAUAUAUGUCAUAUAUGUUGAAAACGGUUCAUAUUUUUGUGGAAACCAUCAUACAUUUUAUUUUGAUGAAUAGAAAUAGUUUAAAAGAACAGCAUUUAUUUCAAAUAGAAAUCUUUUGUAACAUUAUACAUGUCUUUACUGUCACUUUUGAUCAAUUUAAUUUAGUCCUUGAUGAAUAAAAUAUUAAUUUCUUUAAAAAAAUAAAAUCUUACUGACCCCAAACUGUUUGAACGGUAGUUUAUAAUAACGGUUUAUAAUAAUGGUUUUAGUUUCAGUUAAAAAUAUAAACCCUGGUUUGGAGUUGCUGAAACUCGAGAGAUCUUCUAAAACAAGGCGGUACAGAUAUAUCAUGAGCUCCGAUAUCAAAGUCUCAUCUUAACAGCGAGAGACACCAAAGAUCUGUGUGAGGAACUGGAGAACUGAGAGCUCAACGGAGAGGGUUGUUAAAAUAAAGAGGUCGAGUUCUUUGUAGGACUCUUUGAAGAGCAGCACUGGACAAGAUCACCCGCUAAAACAAGUGUGAUAACAUUGAUGUAAGAAAACAAACACAGCAGCAGCACAUCCAGCUGGAAGAUCUCUUCACCUCCCAUUCAUAUGGCGGAUCGGAGAUGAAAAGCCACAUCGGGGGAGUCCGCGCUCUCUUUAGAGUUUGUCGAGAGCCAAACAUCUUCAAAGCCAAAAAGAAAAACCUAAAACAACACAAGUCCCCGCAUGUGCCGCCCGUGUGCAGCGAGCAGGCCAUGUGUAUCCAAACAAUCCAUUCUGACAAGAGCUUGCUGGGAAUAAAUGAUGUAGGAAGUGUCCUCAGAGCCUCUCGGUUCGGGUUCACUGGCAGUCUGCCGCAACAAAGCAUCUCCGUCACCCAAAGCCUAAUUGUUUUUUCAAUUAACAGCGGCUUCCCCAGAGCGGCGUGUGCCGUGUUUAAGGCACAUCCUCGCUGGAUGUGUGUAAAAGCUGCGCUGGAAUCAGAGUCUCAGUGUUUCAUGUUUUGACACGAUUUCAGUGCAUCUGAAGUGUUUGUGAAAGAGCAUCAGCACCUGUGAGUCUGAGAGAAACACCGAACGCUGGAGGGAAACAUCGCAAUAAAACUGGAAGCAAUUGACAAAGACAAGAGGAAGAAAAGCACACGUUAUUUUUGACGGCAUAAAUAAACAGCAAUUAAUUAAACGGGACAGACAGAGAGAUCGAAAAAAUAUUACUGUGUUAAACAGCAUUUAUCAAUAAAACUCUAUUAUCAUUAACAAAAAUAGAUUUAUCAAACUUCCCAAAACUGAAUUACAGUAACUCUACACUCUAAAACAUGUUGGGUUGAAACAACUCAAAUUUUGAAACAAAAAUGGACAAACCCAGCCAUUGGGUUACGUUUUUAACCCAACAGUUGAGUUUCUCCAUAUUUGACCCAAAACUGGGUUGAAACAACCCAGCAUUUUUAGAGUGUAGAUAUUAAAAACUACACAUUACCUACAAUUACACACAAUUUUGUGACGGUAUGAAUAAACGGCAAUUAAAUAAACAUCAUAAAUAAACGGCAAAAAUAAAUGGCAAUUAAAUAUAAUAAAUAAAUGGCAUACAAAUCAUCUCAUAAAUAAUCAAAUAAAGGCAUAAAAUAAAUUUAAAUAAAUAAAUAUUUAUAUUUUGAAUUUUCCGAAAAACCUACUUUUUCGAACUCCUCCUACAGCGUUUGUCCAAUUUGCAUGAAAUUUGGUAUGUGGCAUCUACUCACACUCCAGGCAAAUAGUUAUUAAAAGAUUUUUGAUCAGCCAAUCAGUUCUCGUAUAGCGCGUCAAUAAAUUUGACGGCGAACACGCAAAAAUGGAUUUGAUGCUGUAUGUUCACAAUGAUUUGGUGUAUUGACAGCAAACUUGGUAUAUGUCAUUACAGGUGUGACUUGGGGGUAUAUGCACAGUAUCAUCAGCGCCACCUACUGGUGCAGAGAUAGGAAAAAUGGCUAACUUUUGAAUGCCUUUUCCUAAAAUCCUUAGAUUCCUUGAGGCAUGCCAAGUUGAACGAUAUCCAAUUUUCUUUGGUCGGCCAAUUUGGGCGUCAGCCAUUUUUAAUUUUGUCAUAAAAUGCUGUGUUUUACAAACGCAUGAAUGUAUCGUUACGAAACUCGGUAUGAUUCAUCGAGGCCAUGUUCUGAGAGGACCUGUAAAGUUUUAGUGGUCAAGAGAUAUAAUGAAAUUUAUAAAAAAUGCUUAUAACAUGAAGAACUCAACGUCAUUUAACUUACAUCAUUAGAUUUGUUGGCUUAUGCCGAGUCCUAUGAUACCAAAUUUGCAAUAUUCUACCAUACUUACUGUCCGCCAUAUUGAAUUUUAUUCAAAAUUAACUUUUUCAAACUCCUCCUACAAAAUUUGUCCAAUUUGUACGAAAUUUGGUAUGUAGCAUCUACAGACACUCAUGACAAAGUUAUUAAAAGAUUUUUGAUGGACUCAAGCGUUGUUUUAUACAGAGUCAACAAAGUUGACUGCGAGCACGCCAAAAUGGAUAUGCGGCUGUAUCUUUGCAUAAGUUUUGUGUAUUGACACAAAACUUGGUACAAGUCAUCACAGGCAUGACUUGAGGGUGCAUGCAGAGUUUCGUCAUAGCGCCACCUACUGCUCAGAAGUUAUAAACCAUGUUAUUAUGUUAUAAGUGCUUUAACUGAUGUAAUUUAAACGGCUUCAUUCUAACCUCAUGAUCACAGAUGUAAUGUUAAAUAGCAUUUAAAAACUAUUAUCAAUAACAAAAAAUAAAUUUAUCAAACUACCAAUGACUCACUUGCAGUAAAUCUACUACAUAUUUAUAAAAAAAAAAAAAAAAAAAAAAACAUACAUUACUGUAAAAAAAAACAAAAAAAAAAACAUUAUCAAAAGAUUUUCAUCUUCAUACAGAGCUCAUUUAACCUUUUAUAAAAUUAAACUGAUGUGUAAAAGCUGCGUGUCUCAGGGUAAUGCAUGUCUUGACAAGAUUUUACUGCAUCUGAAGUGUUUGUGAAAGAGCAUCAGCACCUGUGAGUCUGAGAGAAACACCGAACGCUGGAGGGAAACAUCGCAAUAAAACUAGAAGCAAUUGACAAAGACAAGAGGGAGAAAAGCACACGGUCGAGAGCGCUCAAAACGGCAUCGCCAGCACGCUGUCAAAUCAAGGGAAAACACGAGGUGUGCGACGGAGCUGCUGGAUGGAAUAACAUGAUUUGAGGAAAUGAAUCCUUCAAGAGCGAGAGAGAGGCCUGAUGUUUCCUCAGACGGGGAGUGAGGGAACGGAGUCAGCGUUCGCUGCGCCGCACUGCAGAAGAAAUGAUAUUUGAACAGAGUUGUGAAUCUGCAGCCUGGACUGAAUGUGAUGAGAUCAAAAUACUGUACCAGGAAAUAACAUCAACUCAAUAAGUAGAAAACAUCAACUGCACUGGAGCACGAAUGAACAGUGAAGUCUGAUUCACAUACUAAUGAAUCAGGUGAAAUGACUCUUGG